CACCUUAGCUUUCUCCACGCAGCUGGACUUGCAUUCGCACACACGCCUCCAAAUCCAACACGAGCUCAGCUCAGCUCUCUGUCUGUCUCCCUCUCCCUCUCUCGGCCGCCGACCUCAGCUCUGCUCCGAUCGAUCAAACCAUGGACUUCGGCGGCGACAUGGACGACUUCUCGCUCCAGUACAUCCACGAGCAGCUGCGGCUCCAGCUGCUCGGCGCCGACCCCUGCGGCCUCCUGCCCCUCCCCGCGGCGGACGACUUCGCCGCGCAGCCGGACUUCAUCCCCGCCGAGUUCCUGCCGCAGCCGCUGCCCGCCUUCGUCGACCUGACGGCGACCGACUACGCCGACGCGGCGGCGUAUCGCGCCGCCGCGGAGCCGGUCAUGAUACGGUUCGGCGGCGAGGCGUCCCCCGUGUCGGACCCCGCCCGGAGGCCGUCGCUGACCAUCUCGCUGCCCCCGGCCUCGCACGCCUGGGCGCAGGCGCCGGUGCCGGCGGCAGAGGCCGCGGCGGCCGUGGACGCCAACGACUUCCGGAAGUACCGCGGCGUGCGCCAGCGGCCGUGGGGCAAGUUCGCGGCGGAGAUCCGGGACCCCAACAAGCGCGGCUCGCGCGUGUGGCUCGGCACCUACGACACCUCCAUCGAGGCCGCGCGAGCGUACGACCGCGCCGCCUUCCGCAUGCGCGGCGCCAAGGCCAUCCUCAACUUCCCCAACGAGGUCGGCUCCCGCGGCGCCACCGACUUCGUCGCCCCGCCGCCGUCGCAAACCGCGCGCGCGGCGCCGACGUCGCACAACAAGCGGAAGCGGCAAGAGGCGGCCGAGCCAUGCGUCGAGGUGGUCCGGGAUGCCACGAAACACAGCAAGGCCGACGCGUCCGCGUCGCCAGCGUCGUCGCUCACCUCAACGCCGACCUCGACGGUGACGUCCGGCACCACCACCCCAUCCUCGUCGGAUGCCGGCGGCUACUACGAGAUGUCGUUCCCGCUGGCGUCACCGACUAGCUGGACGUGGGAUCAGCUGCUGGCCGAAGGGAUGUUCGGCAGCCUGUCGCCGCGCCAGCAGCUGGGUAGCUUCCCGGAGGUCACCGUGAACUGAGACUGGCGGAACUACCGGGCCGCCGGUACGGUCGACGCCAGGAACUGUAGAGCCUGUGAAAAGAGUAAGCUAAGCAUGGUGAUUACUUAGGUGUAAAUUAAGCUGCCAAUAAUUAGUGGCUCCUAGUUCUCGACGGCCUACGCUUUGGACUCAUCUUGGGAGCUUGGCCUGGAGCUGUGCACUGUGUACAGGAUUACAGGAGUGAGGACGAUAGAAUAUUACUAGCGCAUGCAUGUCACGGGUGAUCAACGUAAGCAUCGACGACAUAGGUAGAUGUUGAUAUAUACUUACACUGCAUAGAUAUGUAUGUAAUGUAAAUUACGUGAAGAUCAAAGUGUGGGUGCUUGUUUAUGUAUGUA